AUGAUAGGUGCUGGAUUCCUGGAAAUGGUACACCAGCAUAAAGAUGCCCCGACCUUCUCGACGCCGGUCAGGUGGAAGGCGACACCAGGAGGGAGGAGCGGAGCCGAUCGCCCACCGGACGAGAGGACGGCUUCGGAGGCAACGAGAGGAUGCCGCCAGGGAUCAGCAGCCAGCGCCUCCGAGACCAUCGGCAAUGGAGCAGCGUACCUGUUCCAUUUGCCUGUGUGGUUGGCUUCAAGAGUCCCCGGGCCCGACUUGUCCCUUGUGCCGGGCAUUGAUUCCAGUUUGGUUAUAUGGAGGUAUACAGGGCAGGUGCCCAUAAAUCUGGGUGAAAACACCCACCUAGUGAAAUGGCUGCCACAGAAUGACCUGUUGGUGUAUUAUAAGAAUGGGCCUUCCGAGUUUCCUGUUGCUGGAAAUGAAAAUGGAUUAGAGUUAAAUAAAGUAGCUGUAAAUUAUCACACCUUAUCAUUACCAUAUCAUUUCUAUAUAUGGAUAAAUCACAAAUUUAUUGUGUUCUCCUUUCAGGUUAUAUGGAGGUAUACAGGGCAGGUGCCCUUAAAUCUGGGUGAAAACACCCACCUAGUGAAAUGGCUGCCACAGAAUGACCUGUUGGCUCAUCCAAAGGCCCGUGCCUUUAUCACUCAUGCGGGUUCACAUGGAAUCUAUGAAGGUAUUUGUAAUGCAGUCCCCAUGGUCAUGUUACCGCUCUUUGGUGACCAAAUGGACAACGCUAAGAGGAUUGAAUCUCGAGGAGCGGGAAUCACACUCAAUGUCUUAGACCUGAUACCUGAAGAUCUUAGCAAUGCUCUGACAUCUGUGAUAAACAAUUCAAGUUACAAAGAAAACAUUCAGCGGCUUUCUGAUCUGCAUCUUGACCGGCCCAUCCACCCUCUGGACCUGGCAGUGCACUGGGUAGAGUUUGUCAUGAGACACAAAGGAGCUCCUCACUUGCGCCCAGCUGCCCAUGACUUGAACUGGAUUCAGUAUCACUCCAUAGAUGUCUUUGCCUUCCUAUUUGCAGUCUUGGUCACUUCACUUUUCAUAAGUAUUAAAUGCUGCGCCUUCAUCUUUAGAUGCUGCUGUAGACGAAAGUCUUCUAAAGGAAAGUCCAAGUCCAAAAAAGAAUAGAGAACAAAUUUAUUUUAGACUAACAAAAUGAGAGGCAUUGAAAUUCAGUUCAUAUUAAACUUUUCAAAAUUGUAGCUUUAUGUUCCAUAUGUUGUAAUUGGUAUCGAGGGGGGGGGGG